AUGAAGUUCAUCUUGGCGAUGGCCUUUUUUAUUUUGCUUUCCUUGUGGGUUGAAGAAGCCUAUUCUAAAGAGAAGUCUUCAAAAAAAGGGAAAGGGAAAAAGAAGCAGUAUCUCUGCCCAUCCCAGCAGUCAGCAGAGGACCUUGCCCGAGUACCUGCCAACUCCACUAGCAAUAUCCUGAAUCGGCUGUUGGUCAGUUACGACCCUAGGAUAAGGCCAAAUUUCAAAGGCAUUCCAGUUGAUGUUGUAGUCAACAUUUUUAUUAACAGUUUUGGAUCCAUUCAAGAAACAACAAUGGACUAUAGAGUGAACAUCUUUCUGAGACAAAAAUGGAAUGAUCCCAGGUUGAAGCUCCCUAGUGAUUUUAGGGGCUCAGAUGCACUGACAGUGGAUCCUACAAUGUACAAGUGUCUGUGGAAGCCUGAUUUAUUUUUUGCAAAUGAAAAAAGUGCCAAUUUUCAUGAUGUGACACAGGAAAAUAUCCUCCUCUUUAUUUUUCGGGAUGGAGAUGUCCUGGUCAGCAUGAGGUUAUCUAUUACUCUUUCCUGCCCUUUGGACUUGACCUUGUUUCCCAUGGACACACAGCGUUGCAAGAUGCAACUUGAGAGCUUUGGUUACACAACUGAUGAUUUACGGUUUAUCUGGCAGUCAGGGGAUCCUGUUCAGUUAGAAAAAAUUGCCUUGCCUCAAUUUGAUAUUAAAAAGGAAGAUAUUGAAUAUGGGAACUGUACAAAAUACUAUAAAGGCACUGGCUAUUACACGUGUGUAGAAGUCAUCUUCACCCUGCGGAGACAGGUUGGGUUUUACAUGAUGGGUGUCUAUGCGCCGACCCUACUGAUUGUGGUCCUCUCCUGGCUUUCCUUCUGGAUCAACCCGGAUGCUAGUGCUGCCAGAGUGCCCCUAGGUAUCUUCUCAGUACUCAGUUUGGCCUCCGAGUGCACAACCCUCGCUGCUGAACUUCCCAAAGUAUCCUACGUGAAGGCUCUUGAUGUAUGGCUUAUUGCUUGUCUUCUGUUUGGGUUCGCUUCACUGGUUGAGUAUGCUGUUGUCCAGGUGAUGUUGAACAACCCUAAAAGAGUUGAAGCAGAAAAAGCCAGAAUUGCUAAGGCAGAGCAAGCAGAUGGAAAAGGUGGAAAUGUGGCUAAAAAGAACACUGUGAAUGGCACGGGGACUCCUGUUCAUAUUAGCACUUUGCAGGUUGGUGAGACCAGAUGCAAAAAGGUUUGUACUUCAAAGUCUGAUCUGAGAUCUAAUGACUUCAGCAUUGUGGGAAGCUUACCAAGAGAUUUUGAAUUAUCCAAUUAUGACUGCUAUGGAAAACCUAUUGAAGUCAACAAUGGACUAGGGAAAUCUCAGGCAAAGAACAACAAGAAGCCACCUCCUGCCAAACCUGUUAUUCCAACGGCAGCAAAGCGAAUUGAUCUCUAUGCAAGAGCAUUGUUUCCCUUCUGCUUCUUGUUCUUCAACGUUAUAUAUUGGUCUAUAUAUUUAUGA